AACUAAAGCUUCGAACUAUAUUUCACUGAACUGUGAAUAGAACGUUCCAAAUUUUUAAUGACAAAAUGUCUCGAAGACACUCCGAAGGAUGUCUUUUUAUCGGUCGAUUGAGUAAAAACUGCAGAGCAAGAGAUCUUGAAGAUGUAUUUGAGCCUUAUGGAAGAAUGUCAAGAUGUGAAAUUAAAUAUGGAGCAGAGAUGGCAUAUGCGUUUGUGGAUUAUGAGGACAGAAGAGAUGCCGAGGAUGCAAUCAGGUAUGAGAAUGGACGAGAGGUAGCUGGAUCAGCCAUUAUUGUAGAGUGGGCUAAAGGUGCACCACGUAGAUCAGGCAGGGACAGGGACAGUCGUGAUAUGAGAGACAGUGGUAGAAGCAGGGGUGCUGAUGAGUGUUACAGAUGUCAUAGGUCAGGGCACUGGGCCAGGGAUUGUCCAGAUGAUAGACAUUAUGGUUUCAGACGACCUAAUUCUAGACGGUCAAGGUCACCAAGGAGACGAAGGUCAAGGUCUAGAUCAAGAGAUCGUAAGUCAAGGAGCAGAACUAGAAGUAAUGAUAGGAGGAGGGGUAGUCGUAGAUCACGUAGCAGGAGCGCUAGUGAUGACAACAAAUCACCAUCUAGGUCAAGGUCACGUAGCAGGUCAAGGUCAGCAGAGGGUCAGGAUUUGAACGGGGAUGGGAGCAGGUCACACAGUCCAUCCGAAGGACAGAGAGAAAAAUCUGCCUCUCCUUGAUGCGUACAAUGUCAUCUCAUUACAAAACAUUUAAAGCCACAAUUAUGUGGAAUUUAUGUGGAAAAAAUAUUGUGUUUUCAUUUUAUUCCUGUAAGAGUUAGCUGUUUGUUAGUUAUAAGUGAUGAAUUUCUUCAUGAAAUGCCAUAGAGCAUAUUUUUGUUCUUUUGUUAAGGCACAUGAAAGUUAAAGUAAAAUAGUAAAACAGUAUUAAGUUCUGUAUUUUUUAGUAAUUCUGUUUCUUUUUUUUUUAUAAAAUUUUAUAGCCAAUUUAUAAGUUUUUUAGCAGUACAAUUUUUUAAAUAAUUCAUCAUAAGUAUGACUUGUAUUUCUGGCUCAAUUUUUUACUACAUGGUAAACUGCUUUUAUUAUUUUGUACGUUGAGAUAUUCUGUUUUGCCAGUUUUGUACUUUAUCUAUGGAGAGCUAGCAAUAUUUUUGCAAGACUAUUAUUAUUCUGAACAUAGUAAUGAUUAUUCAAUGUAGCAAAAGGAAAAUGUUGAUAUUUGCAGUGUGUUAACCAGCAUAUGACUGCUGUUAUUACUUUAGUUAGAAAUAGUUUUGUGAUAUUUUUUAUAGAAAAAGUAAAAGAGAAUUAUGUGCUUUUAAAAUAAAUUUUUGCGCAAAAAAGCAACAAUUUAACAACAGUCUCUGAUUUUCUACAAGUUGCAGGUUUUUAUCUCAGAUUUCACCAUUGUAAAUAUACCAUUUUUUAUCAUCAGCUAUUUUGACAGUGUCAGAAUCUCUCCAUUUCCAUAUCAGGUGGUUUUUGUUUGUUUCAUAUAUUGUAAAACUGUUAAAAUAGCAUUGAAAGGCUGUCUCUAAGCUUGGAAUUGUUCGAUCAUAAGUAUGAGUUUCAGAUUGAACUAUAAAUUAUAGUAUUAUUCUAUUCGAAGACAUUUCCCCAUAUAAAUAUAAUAGAGCAUCUUUCUUUAUUGACCAGUGUGAUUUCAGACCUGUCAAUAAUGUGAUAAGAUAGAUUUUAUGACUUUAUACUAAACAUGUCAGAAUCAGUCUUUAAUUCAUUAGAAGGUUAAAUUAGAUUGUUCAUACUUUUGAAAGAAAGCUGGUAACCUAUUGAAAUUGUUCUGUCAUAUAGAAGUAUUGACAUUAUCUUGCUGCUCCAUUUAUGUUGUUUCAUGUACAUUGUAUUUGAGAAGGAAAUAUUACAUGUAUGUACCACCACCGUAAAUGCUGUUUUAUUAGGGCAAAUAAAUAUUAUGACAUAA